GGAGGAGGAGGAGAGGUCUCCACAUCUCCAGACAGUCGGACCAACACACCGAAUCCGACUUUUACGCACGGGAGAGGGCGGCCCUGUUCUGCGCGUACUCGUCUGCAAAAGGCUGAAAGUUGCACUGACAGUCCCACUUUGAUGGUUGACGCGCUAAAACAGACUUUUGGGAGAGCUACAGGGGAACUCACCUUCGUCUUUCACUCCGGACACGGCGCAGUUUUCUCGUUUUGAUUGAGAGACCGAUCCUUUAACUCAGCGCGCGCAGCGGCUCUUUAAUAAGUAGGCUUUUGAGGGAAGCACGCCCAUGUGCUCGGCUCUAUUAAUGCGUGUUUUUUUUAUUUGCUUUUCUCUUGUUUAAUGCGCAAAAGCAAUUAUGAGCAAGUGAAUUAGAGAAGUUGACGCACAACCAGCUAUGCAGCCCGGCCGCUUGGAGACGGUCCUUUGAAUCAGGCUUCGUGUAUUCGGAGCAUUUAGUCCGGGGACAGACAGAGACAGCCAGUUCGAAAUAGACCGCGACAGAAGACAUCUGGGUCCCUGUGAGGGGUGUUUGGGAACGCGUGCCUCUUCGCUGUCCCAGGUGUCCCGCCGAGCGGUGCGGAGUCUACAGCUCGGGCCGGCAGCGCUGACAUGCUGCCCAAAGCCGAGACUGAAUCCCUGGGACUCUCUCGAUCGUAUGGAGAACACGGGCACAUGCCAAGGAUUUUGCAAGCACCCCAUAUAAAAAUGAUGGACUACUCGUAUGACGAAGACUUGGACGAGAUGUGUCCCGUUUGCGGAGACAAAGUUUCUGGGUACCACUACGGACUCCUGACCUGCGAGAGUUGCAAGGGCUUCUUCAAGCGCACCGUCCAGAACAACAAGCGCUACACAUGUAUAGAGAACCAGAGCUGCCAGAUUGACAAGACCCAGAGGAAGCGCUGCCCGUACUGCCGCUUCCAGAAGUGCCUCACCGUUGGCAUGAAGCUCGAAG